GAAUGUCCCUGCCUUUUCUGAAAAUGGAGAAAAUGAUUGCAUACUUCUUUCUGCUAUUGGGACACACUUUGCUUUCCACUGUCUCAAUCAUGGCAAGAGAUCUUCCUGGAGCACAUUUCACACAAAGAAGAGAUGUUAACUCACGAGCUCUGCUUGAGAAUACUUGCAGCAACAAACGUCUGGACCUUGUCUUCAUCAUUGACAGCUCUCGCAGCGUCCGUCCGUAUGACUUUGAAAAAGUGAAGGAGUUCAUUUUAACCAUCUUGCAGUUCCUGGACAUCAGUCCUGACACCACCAGAGUAGGCCUGAUUCAGUACGGCAGCACGGUCAAACAUGAGUUCUCUUUGAAGACCUUCAGGAGGAAGCAGGAUAUAGAGAGAGCAGUAAAGAGAAUGAUGUACCUGGCAACCGGCACCAUGACUGGACUGGCUAUUCAGUACGCAGUGAACAUCGCAUUUUCAGAGUCAGAAGGAGCUCGACCUCUGAACCAGAACGUGCCUCGGAUUAUCAUGAUAGUGACAGAUGGGAGACCUCAGGAUCCAGUGGCAGAGAUUGCUGCUAAAGCUCGUAACUCAGGAAUCCUGAUUUUUGCCAUUGGAGUGGGAAAAGUGGAUAUGAACACGCUGAGGUCCAUUGGGAGUGAACCGCAUGAAGAGCAUGUGUUUCUGGUUGCUAAUUUCAGUCAGAUUGAAACACUGACCUCUGCCUUCCAGACGAAACUUUGUGUGCCCCAUAUGUGCAGUAUAGUUGAGCAUCACUGUGAUCACUUCUGCAUAAACACCCCUGGCUCCUACAUAUGCAGAUGUAAACAAGGAUACAUUCUGAAUGCUGACCAGAAGACUUGCAGCACUCAGGAUCUUUGUGCUGUAGAGAAACAUGACUGUGAGCAGAUUUGCGUGAAUACACCUGGGUCUUACGUCUGUCAGUGUUAUGAAGGGUAUGAGCUUGCUGCAGAUGGGAAGAAUUGUAUCGUUGUAGACUACUGUGCUUUGGAUAACCAAGGUUGCCAACAUGAAUGUGUUAAUACUGAGGACUCCUACUACUGUAGAUGCCAUCCAGGGUUCAUUUUAAAUCCAGACAAAAGAACUUGCAGAAGACCAGACUAUUGUUCUCUGCAGGACCAUGGCUGUGAACAGGAAUGUGUUAAUACAGAUGAUUCCUAUUUUUGUCGAUGCCAAGAAGGGUUUACACUUAAUCCAGAUAAGAAAACAUGCAAAAGAGUGGACCACUGUGCUGAAAGCAAUCAUGGCUGCGAGCAGCUGUGCCUGAAUACUGGUGACUCCUAUGUCUGUCAGUGCUCUGAAGGAUUUGUCAUCAAUGAGGACCUAAAAACCUGCACACGAGUUGACUAUUGUGCUCUGAGUGAUCAUGGCUGCGAACAUUUGUGUAUAAAUGGUGACAGAUCUUAUACUUGUCAGUGUUUUGAAGGAUACAGGCUUCGUAGUGAUGGAAAAACAUGUAAACGCAAAAAUAUCUGCAAAUCGGUCAACCAUGGCUGUGAACAUCUUUGUGUUAGUGCUAACAGUUCCUACAUCUGCAAGUGUCGUGAGGGAUUUGCACUGAGAGAGGACGGGAAGACAUGCAGAAGCUGGGACAUCUGCAAAUCAGUCAACCACGGCUGCGAGCAUAUUUGUGCUAACAAAGAUGACUCAUAUGUUUGCAAGUGUCAUGAGGGUUUCUUACUGAGAGAAGAUGGGAAAACAUGCAGAAGUAAAGAUAUCUGCAGUUCUGUUGACCAUGGCUGUGAACAUGUUUGUGUUAAUACUGAUGAGUCAUACAUCUGUCAGUGUUAUGAGGGAUUUGCACUAAGGGAAGAUGGAAAAACAUGUAGGAAUAAAGAUGUUUGCAAUUCUGUUGAUCAUGGCUGUCAACAUGUUUGUGUGACUACUGAUAAUUCAUACAUUUGCCAGUGCUAUGAGGGUUUCAUACUGAGGGAAGAUAAGAAAACAUGUAAAUAUAAGGACAUCUGCAAAUCAGUCAAUCACGGCUGUGAACAUCUUUGUGUUAAUAAUGAUGAUUCAUACACUUGCCAGUGCCGUGAUGGAUUUGUACUGAGGCGAGAUGGGAAAACAUGUCGAAGUAAAGAUGUCUGCAAAUCAGUUGCCCAUGGUUGUGAACAUAUUUGUGUUAAUAAUGAUGAUUCAUAUAUCUGCAAAUGCCAGGAGGGAUAUGUAUUAAAAGAGGAUCAGAAAACCUGCAAAAGAUGCACUGAAGGCCCAGUUGACCUGGUAUUUGUGAUUGAUGGAUCAAAAAGUCUUGGAGAAAACAAUUUUGAAAUUGUAAAACAAUUUGUCUCAGAAAUCUUAGAUUCACUUGAGAUUUCACCCAAAGCUGCUCGAGUCGGUUUGCUUCAGUAUUCCACUGAAGUCCGCACAGAGUUUACACUAAGGCAGUUCAGCUCAGCCAAAGACAUGAAGAAAGCCGUAUCUCAAAUGAAAUACAUGGGGAGAGGGUCCAUGACAGGGCUGGCUCUGAAGCAAAUGUUUGAGAGGAGCUUCACAGAAAUGGAAGGAGCCAGACCGUUUUCAGCAAAAGUCCCCCGAGUCGCCAUUGUGUUUACAGAUGGACGAGCCCAAGAUGAAGUCUCUGAGUGGGCUACUAGAGCAAAGCAAAAGGGUAUAAUUAUCUAUGCUGUUGGAAUAGGAAAAGCAAUUGAGGAAGAACUGCUGGAAAUUGCUUCUGAGCCAUCACAUAAACAUCUCUUCUACGCAGAGGAUUUCACAGCCAUGGAGGAGAUAAGUGAAAAGCUAAGAGUCCAAAUAUGUGAAGCUUUGCAAGAAUCAGCUCGCCAGCAGGAUCCAUCAUUUGGGACGCUUCAUAGGACUGGUCCGGAGUCUUCAGGACCAGAAUCGGCCACAGUAGCCAUCGUAGAUGUCCUUGCCUGUCCCAAUUUUGCAGUACACCAUAAGUAUCUAUUUGAAGACAGUCACACUUACUCAACAAGAACAACAGCAAAAGCUUCAAAAGAUAAAGACCAAUGCAAAUGUGAAAACCUUGUGACAUUCCAGAACUAUGCAACCACUGAAGUAAGAAAACUCACCCAGCGAUUGGAAGAAAUGACGAAGAGAAUGGAAGACUUGGAAAACAGACUAAGAUAUCGAUGAAAAUUUAAAGUGUACACUACAUUAUAUUUAUACAAAGUUGUAAGAGCUAUUUUAUUAGAUCAGCUCAAAGUAAACUAACAAAUCCUUGUGUAUGAAGUUGAAAAGAACAUUUUGGACCCUCACAUUUAUAUACUAUUUGUACUGUCUUGCAUUGAUUGCAGAUAAAAAAUGUUGAAAAGUUUUUAUAUGUAUAAACCAUUUAGUAACUAGUAAAAAUUUUAAUUAAGUAGAACUAAACA